AUGUUGUGGAGAAAUCAGAGUUUCAACUCCAUCUUUAUCCUGCUGGGGAUCUUCAAUCACAGCCCAACCCACACCUUCCUCUUCUCCCUGGUCCUGGGCAUCUUCACAGUAGCCCUCCUGGGGAAUCUGGUCAUGGUUCUCCUCAUCUACCUGGACAGACAGCUCCGCACUCCCAUGUACUUCCUCCUCAGUCAACUCUCCUUCAUGGAUCUCAUGCUCAUCUCCACCACUGUGCCCAAGAUGGCCUUCAACUACCUAUCUGGCCACAAUUCCAUCUCGCUGGCAGCCUGUGGCACCCAGAUAUUCUUCUAUGUCAGCCUACUUGGAGCUGAAUGCUUCCUAUUGGCUGUCAUGGCUUAUGAUCGUUACGUAGCUAUCUGUCAUCCUCUUAGGUACACCAUCCUCAUGAACCAGAAACUCUGUGUGCUCAUGACUAUCGCUUCUUGGACCCUGGGUUCUCUUGAUGGCAUCCUUGUUCUUGCUUUUGCCCUGUCAUUUUCUUACUGCAGCUCUUUGGAAAUCCACCACUUUUUCUGUGAUGUUGCUGCCCUUUUGCCUCUAUCCUGCACAGACACAUCUGCGUUUGAACAGCUGCUAUUCAUCUGCUGUGUGGUGAUGCUGGUCUUUCCAGUUUCAGUUGUCAUCAUUUCUUACUCCCGUGUUCUCCAGGCUGUCAUCCACAUGAGCUCUGGGGAAAGUCGCCGCAAAGCAUUCACUACCUGUUCCUCCCAUCUGUCUGUGGUUGGACUCUACUAUGGUGCUGCCAUGUUCAUGUACAUGCGACCAGCCUCUAGCCAUACCCCAGAUCAGGACAAGAUGGUAUCAGCUUUCUACACCAUCCUCACGCCCAUGUUGAACCCCCUCAUCUACAGCUUGCGCAACAAAGAGGUAUCCAUGGCACUUAAGAAAGUUUUGAGGAAAGGAAAGUUAAUUUAA